AUGGCGCCGAUGUUGGUAACACUGAAAUGCGGCUUUCACUUCCAAAAACAAAAAAUAGCGCUUCUCCUUCGACAGACAAGCUCAUAUCACAUUUGGAAUAAAAGUCGCAGUGAAAGUGGGACGGACAAUAAACGUCAAGGCACAUAUCUGCUGAGUUCGCCUCCACACCUACGAACUGCAACAUGGAGCACAAACAGGAGCGAAAACAGUCGUCAGAUUUUGGAGGCAGUAAAACAUUUGCAGAUUACAGACAAAAGAACGUGUUGGCACGGAAAUGCAGGAGGAAAGCUAAAUGCAGAUCCAAAGAAUGUGCUGAAGGAGGUGAAUUCUGCGCAGAUCCUCUCUGCAAUGCUGUCUUAUGUGUGGCCAAAGAAUAGACCAGACCUGCGGGCCCGUGUUGCCAUCUCUCUCGGCCUGCUCGCUGGAGCCAAGAUGACCAAUGUGACUGUGCCCUUCAUGUUUAAGUAUGCAGUGGACGAGCUUAACCAGAUGUCGGGACACAUGCUGAACCUGAAUGACGCGCCAAGCACUGUGGCUACCAUGGCAACGGCCAUGCUGAUUGGCUAUGGCGCGUCACGGGCUUGUGCAGCCUUCUUCAACGAGCUGAGGAACACUGUGUUCGGCAAGGUGGCCCAGAACUCCAUCCGACGCAUCGCCAAGAAUGUCUUCCUCCACCUGCACAAUCUGGAUCUAGAUUUCCAUCUUAGCCGCCAGACAGGAGCGCUGUCGAAAGCCAUCGACCGCGGCACACGGGGCAUCUCAUUUAUCCUCAGUGCCAUCGUCUUCAAUUUAGGACCCACAGUCUUCGAGAUGGGCCUCGUCAGUGCCAUUUUGUAUUACAAGUGUGGUGGACAGUUUGCAGCAGUGUCCUUGGGUACCUUAUCAGCAUACACCCUCUUCACCAUUCUCAUCACUCAGUGGAGGACUCGUUUCCGGAUAGAAAUGAACAAAGCAGACAAUGAUGCCGGCAACGCAGCUAUUGACUCCCUCCUUAACUAUGAGACUGUUAAGUACUUCAACAAUGAGAAGUAUGAAGCUGAAAAGUAUGACGCAUACCUGAAGGUCUAUGAGACAUCCUCUUUAAAAACCACGUCCACACUCGCCAUGCUCAACUUUGGCCAGAGUGUCAUCUUCAGUCUCGGCCUCACUGGCAUCAUGGUGCUCGCCAGCAAGGGCAUUGCAUCAGGUACGAUGACCGUUGGAGACCUGGUGAUGGUGAACGGCCUGCUCUUUCAACUCUCCCUCCCCCUCAACUUCCUGGGCACAGUGUACAGAGAGACCAGACAGGCCCUAAUAGAUAUGAACACUCUCUUCACCCUGCUCAGCAUCGACACCAAGAUCAAGGAGAGGGAUUUCGCACCGCCAUUAAGCAUCACACCACAGGAGGCCACAAUUCGCUUCGAGGACGUCUAUUUUGAAUACCUGGAGGGCCAGAAAGUCUUAAACGGAGUGUCCUUCGAAGUGCCUGCUGGGAAGAAGGUGGCUAUAGUUGGUGGCAGCGGGUCAGGGAAGAGCACCAUUGUUCGGCUGUUGUUCCGCUUCUUUGAGCCCCAGCGGGGGAACGUCUACAUAGGGGGGCAGAAUAUCCGAGACAUCAGCCUUGACAGCCUGAGGAAGUCUUUGGGGGUCGUACCUCAGGAUGCCGUUCUGUUCCACAACACCAUCUUCUACAACCUGCAAUACGGGAACGUCAACGCCACACCAGAGGAGGUGUACCAAGUGGCGCGUCUAGCAGGCAUCCAUGAUGCCAUCCUCAGGAUGCCCCAUGGCUACGACACCCAAGUUGGAGAGCGGGGCCUCAAGCUGUCAGGAGGGGAGAAGCAACGUGUCGCCAUCGCCCGUGCAAUACUAAAGAAUCCGCCCGUCCUCCUGUAUGACGAAGCAACGUCCUCCCUCGACUCUAUCACAGAAGAGAACAUCCUGAAUUCGAUGAAGGAGAUGGUGAAGGACAGGACAUCAGUGUUUAUCGCCCACAGGCUUUCCACAAUCGUAGACGCAGACGAGAUUAUAGUGCUCAAUGAGGGUAAAGUGGCAGAGCGAGGCAACCACCAAACCCUUCUCAGCCUCCCCAACAGCUUGUACGCAGACCUGUGGAACACCCAACACAGCAAAAUCCUCAACAGGAACAAGAGCUUGUCCCUGCCGCCGGCUGAACGCCUGUCCCAGAAGGAGGAGGAGAGGAAAAAAUUGCAGGAGGAGAUCCUCAACAGUGUAAAGGGCUGUGGGAACUGCUCCUGUUGAGAGAAGCUUGCCCCCCUCCAUGUCUCUACAUCCCUCACAGAUGGCCUACACUGGAAUCACUGCCUGGUUUGUGCAGAGUAGGGGUACGUCCCCAAUACCCACUCAAGCCAAGCCCCCACCUAUGUGACGAUCCCUCCUCCUCCUCGUAUGAAUAAAGGCCUCUGCUCGCCAAAGUGAAGGAGGAGGAGGAGGAGCAGAACAGGGAGCAAGUGUGUUUAGCACUGGCUGGUGUCCAGAGAUAGAGCUUCUAUGCCAGUUGUCUCAGCUGAAGCCAAGCAUAAGAGACCUUGUAUAUCACAUACGUGUGCGUAAGACAUCUGUUAGUCAACAUGGUUGCCCCCCUCCUCCUCAUUUUUGACAUCAGGUUUAUUGACAUCUUCCAUUGCACUGGAAACAGAUGAGAGUACACGUAAGGACUUGCAUAUGCCUUGAUGUUGACACAAAAUUUUUAUUGAUUUAAUUGUUAGGUUGCUUUUUUUUAUAUUAAGUAUGCGCACAUAUUACAGGUUAUUCUGGGUGAAGAAAUACUGAAUUCCAAGGAAUUGUUUAGCCGUAAGUGUUUCAUUUAACAGGUAUUUCAAUGGCAUUCAGUCAUAAUUACCCACAAUGUUUUUUUUAUGCAUGUUCUAUAAUAUCUGGCACGUAAUCAAGACCUCUUGAUUCGACUAACAACAUUAUAUGGAUGUUUGGACUCGUGAAUGUGCAAAAUAGCUCCCCAGUGAAUUAGCAGUUUCUCACAUUCAUGUAAAUAUAACACACUGAGAAUGACAAGAAGCAACUGAUAAAUCGUGAAUGGAUUUCGCCACAUUAAGAGGCAACAACUUGAAAGUCUCCUCUGGGAACAUUUCCCUGUCAUAUCAUUUAGCCUUGGUUGAUGGGCCUCGUGUAAUGACAAGUUAUUCAAAGAGUUUUAACUGCUGAGGCAGAUUUUUGGAUUGUAUGAUCACAAUACAGAAACUUCUUCCUGAAGGUUACAUGUAAAUGUUAAUAUUUAAAAAUUGACAGUACACAUAUGUCCUCAUUUUCUGAGGGCUGUUUUAGCAGUAAUAUGCACAUUUUGUUUGGAACCUUGGUUUAAUAUUGUAUCUAUAAAUGAAAUGAAUUGUAAGUCUUGUACUAUACACACAAUAUGAAGCCUGUUUCAUGAUAUUCUGGACUAUGUUGACUGUGAGUACACUGCAGGCAGAUUAAUAAAUGUUGGCUUUUGUCUAAAUAACAAGA